AUGGCAGCUGCAGCAGUCCAGACUUACACUCCCGCGUCAUACGACCACCGCGCCGUCGAUGCCAUGACGGACGUCGACGUGGCCGCGCUGCGACUCCAGGAACUCAAUGGCCUUGAUCACAUGAAGUCCUGCAUCAGAGAUGUCUUCAUGAAGCACGGCGUCGACAAGGUAUUCGGUGUUGGUCUCCUCCACCGCCACUAUGACGUUGCCCCCAACGAGAAGAUCAUCGAGCUCGGCCCAGUCUCCUCACCCUGGGUUGUAGGUGACGACGAAGUCAUCACUGGCGGCGCAGUCCUCCCUCACACCUGGCGCGUCUUCGAUGGAGAGCUUAAGCCCACAGAGUUCAAGUUCGUGCCACAGCGUGAGCUCUCCAACGUCGAUCGACCAGUCUUCCCAGCUGCUUUUGUUAAGGAGCUCAUCGGCGUGCUGCAAGAGACAGGCCUCGAUGAAGUUCUGGGCGUGAGCCUGUAUGAGGCCGGCGACCCUGAUAACGAGACCAUGGAAGUGACCUACGGCCGCAGCAGCAUCGUUAUUCCUUCUACAGGUCUUAUCGGCUCCAAGGUCAUUGGACCACAGGGUUUUGACGCAUUCCAAGCUGCCUGGACUUUCAGCAAGAAGGAGGGCGAGGAUAUUGUUGCCCACCAUGGCAUCUGCGCUGCAAUGGGGGUUGACGAUGGUGUCACAGCUCGUCAUGGAAUCUGUGCUGCAAAGGCUGCUGAUGAGGGGGUUACCGCUCGCCAUGGUAUUUGUGCAGCUAAGAUGAACGAUGGUGUCAAAGCUCUACACGGUAUCUGUGCAGCUAAGGCUGAAAAUGGUUUCGAGGCCCGUCACGGCAUUUGCGCCGCAAAGGCCAGUACUGACGGAGUUACCUCUCGUCACGGUAUCUGUGCUGCUAAAGUGGCUGAUGACGGUAUGAAAGCUCGUCACGGCAUCUGCGCGGUAAAAGCCGACGAUGGUUUCACAGCACGCCACGGAAUUUGUGCUGCUAAGGCCUCCAAGGAUGGUAUCAACGCUCGACACGGUAUUUGCGCCGCCAAAGCGGCUGAAGACGGCAUGACAGCUCGUCAUGGUAUCUGCGCUGCAAAGGCUGCUGAGGGUAUCAAGGCGUACCACGGUAUCUGUGCGGCCAAGUCAAUGGGAGGCGGUGUCAAGGCUCACCACGGCAUUUGCGCUGCCAAGGUUGCCGACGAGGGAAUGACUGCUCGCCACGGUAUCUGUGCCGCACGUCUUGCUAAUGGAGAUGUAAUGAAGGUUUAA